AUCCAAUCCAAUCCAGAUCAUUCGUGAAUCGAACCAUUCUGCCGUUCGAAGUCGACCCAUUCUGUGACUCGACGCCACACAUAGACGGCGCGGGAUGUGUUGUGACAGCAGGAACAGCAUCCUUGUCUAUGCGAUCUGUGGAUGUCUUUAUUACGGACUUGUGGUCUAUUUGAUCGUGAAGGCUGAAGACGAGUUUCAGUAUAAAAUUAUCUGGUACAUGAACAUCGCCUCUGUCGGAUUCUCAUUACUCUUGUAUCUCAUCCUGGCCCUGGCAAUGGUUACUGUCAAUAAACAACUGCUGGGAAUCUUCAUCACUUACCUGGAGAUAAGCGUCGGAUUAAUGAUCUUGUUUGUCAUUUCGGACGUCAUUCUGGGAAUAAAAGUGCCUACGAAAGGUGAAAAACGAAUGGGCCUGAUGGGAAAGCAUGGUUUACGUGACGCGGCCGGGCUUCCAGACAACCAAUACCCUCUCCUUGUGCAGUUUGAAGAUGGCCCCCUGCUGAAAGGUGUAUCCAUCCUGAACGAAACGAAGCAUUUUGAACCAGACUUGGAUCUGCGGCGCAGACACCGUCGCGCGGACAAAGGGAAAGGCAAAGUGGAAGAGACAACUGAAAGUGGGAUUUUCGGCCUCAAAGUUACAUUUCUCUCACAUGUAAUCGAACUUUGUGUGGACAUAUUCUUGGUCUGGAGAAUGAGUUCAUAUUAUGACACCAUGGAGUGAGGCGACUGAUCAUCUGCGUCCAUUGAGAAUUAAAUUGCUUUUAUGCCUA